UUCCAUGCCAGUCUAACGCAGCCCUGUGAGAAAGCGUGUGUGCAUUUGUGCGGCAAGGUUGCUACGCAAACCGAAGAUAGCCUACCCGCCGAUGGCAAGUGAGGCUACAGCCUAAUUCAUAGUACAGGACAUUACCCUGUAAACUGAAGGAAUUCGCUGUAUCAUAGGCAUGCUCAUGUGAAUUAACAUUUAAAUAAAUUGACGGUCAACCGAAGUUGAGCGCGCUGAAUUUUCAGCAUAGAUUCGUUAUUGUGGUUUUACCUAAUAUUAGCCGUGUGAAACCUAGAAUCGGCUUUUAGGGAUUUUAGGAUAUAAAUGAGGGGGCAUUGGGUAUCCGACAUUUUAUAGGAAUUGGGAGUAAAUAGGAGUACUCUAAAUUGUUUGAUGAACGCGGCGUCAGACUUUCUCGUGGUACUCGUAGAUUUUUCCGUGGAUGUAAGUAGAAUACUCCAUCACCUCAACGAAGAGAAGACCAUCACAGCUUGUGUGAUCAGAAUUAAAAUAUCAGCAGCAGCUCCCAUUGAAACCGAAAGAAACAUGUGAAGACCCUGGUAAAGAUACAAGCGCGAACCUUUGAGAAGACAAAGUGGAAGGUAGCCUAGCUUCCUUCCCUCACAUUCCUCCUCCUGUUUACUCUGCUGUUGCCUUGCUGCAAGCGUCCCUAGAGUUAUGGAGGGCCGGCGGUCGCGGCGGGUAACACGACGCAGCAGCAGGACUUCCCCAGCGGGCCCUAGAGGGGGCGCUGUGCUGGCCAUGCUGGGCCUGUGGCUGUUAGCUGUCGCUGUCACCGUGUGCCAAGGCCAGAUCACCUUCACCAGCUUCCACCCGGAGCGCCGGGAGUGGGCCUUCAACCACCUGACGGUCCACCAGACAACGGGGGCGCUCUACAUCGGAGCGGUCAACCGCGUCUACAAGCUCUCUGGUAACCUGACCCUCAUGGUGUCCCACGACACAGGCCCUGAGGACGACAACAAGGCAUGCUACCCGCCCCUCAUCGUCCAGCCCUGCUCUGAACCCCUGACCUCCACUAACAACGUCAACAAACUGCUUCUCAUAGACUACAGUCAGAAUCGUCUGCUGGCCUGCGGUAGUCUCUACCAGGGAGUCUGCAAGCUCCUGCGUCUGGAUGAUCUCUUCAUCCUAGUGGAGCCGUCCCAUAAGAAAGAGCACUACCUCUCCAGCGUCAACCAGACAGGAACUAUGUACGGGGUCAUCGUGCCCUCCUCCAAGGGCCAGGAUGGGACUCUCUUCAUCGGGACGGCCGUAGAUGGUAAACAGGACUACUUCCCCACCAUCUCCAGUCGUCAGCUCCCCCGCGACCCAGAGUCCUCGGCCAUGCUAGACUACGAGCUUCACACAGACUUUGUCUCGUCUCUGAUAAAGAUCCCGUCAGACACGCUGGCGCUGGUGUCCCACUUCGACAUCUACUACGUGUAUGGCUUCGCCAGUGGCUCCUUCGUCUACUUCCUGACCGUUCAGCCCGAGACGCCGGAGAACAGCAUGUCAUCAGGGGGAUCCUCCAACGACCUCUUCUACACCUCGCGCAUCGUCCGCCUCUGCAAGGACGACCACAAGUUCCACUCGUACGUCUCCUUACCCGUGGGCUGCGUGAGGAACGGUGUGGAGUAUCGUCUCCUGCAGGCCGCCUACCUGGCCAAGCCGGGCCGUGUGCUGGCCGCCUCGCUCAACAUCAGCGCCACGGACGACGUGCUCUUCACCGUAUUCUCCAAGGGCCAGAAGCAGUACCACCGGCCACCAGAUGACUCGGCGCUCUGCGUGUUCACCAUCAAGGACAUGAACGCCCGUAUCAAGGAGCGCCUGCAGUCCUGCUACCAGGGUGAGGGCAACCUGGAGCUCAACUGGCUGCUGGGAAAAGACGUGCAGUGCACUAAAGCGCCGGUGCCCAUCGAUGACUCGUUCUGUGGUCUGGACAUCAACCAGCCCCUUGGCGGCUCUCAGCUGGUGACGGGACACACCCUCUACACAGAGACACGGGACCGCAUGACCUCUGUCACCUCCUACGUCUACAACGGAUACUGCGUGGCUUUUGUCGGCACCAAGAGCGGACGCCUCAAAAAGAUCCGUGUGGACGGUCCUCCUCACGGUGGGGUCCAGUAUGAGACGGUGUUGGUCAUCAAGGAAGGCAGCUCCAUCCUCAGAGACAUGGCCUUCUCACUGGACCACAGCUAUCUGUACGUCAUGUCAGAGAAGCAGGUGACACAGGUCCCUAUAGAGUCAUGUGAUCAGUACGGGACGUGUGGAGAGUGCCUGAGCUCCGGUGACCCCCACUGUGGCUGGUGUGUCCUACACAACAUGUGUUCUCAGAAGGACCGUUGUGAGCGUGCAGAUGAGCCGUACCGUUUCACUGUUGCUCUCUCUCAGUGUGUGAAGGCCACGGUGUACCCAGACAGCAUUGCAGUGUCAGAGCCCAGCGUGCCAUUGCUGGUGAAGGUGUCUGAUGUCCCAGACCUGGCAGCUGGGAUCACCUGUUCCUUUGGAAACCUGACAGAGGUGGAGGGACAGGUCAGCGGUAACCAGAUCUUCUGUCUGUCUCCCACCGCUAAGGAUGUUCCUCUCAUACCUGCAGACCAAGACUGGUCAGGUGUAGAGUUGAGGCUCAACUCUAAGGAGACUGGUCAGAUGGUCAUCAGCACGGAGGUCAAGUUCUACAACUGCAGUGUUCACCAACUGUGUCUGUCCUGUGUGAACAGUGCCUUCCGCUGCCACUGGUGCAAGUACCGUAACCUGUGUACCCAUGACCCCUCCAGCUGCUCCUUCCAGGAGGGACGCGUCAACGCCUCCGAGGACUGUCCUCAGCUGGUGCGGUCGGGGGAGAUUCUGAUCCCAGCUGGGGAGGUGAAGCCCAUCACCCUGAAGGCCCGGAACCUUCCCCAGCCCCAGUCUGGCCAGCGGGGGUACGAGUGCGUCCUCCACAUCCAGGGGGUCAGCCACCGUGUCACCGCCCUGCGCUUCAACAGCUCCUCUGUACAGUGUCAGAACAGCUCGGUGGGCCCACCCUUUACAUCCCUGGACCUGUGUCUGCGGGACAGGAAGUGGGCAUGUGCCCCCCACAGGCCCACCCUUUACAUCCCUGGACCUGUGUCUGAGGGACAGGAAGUGGGCAUGUGCCCCCCCACAGGCCCACCCUUUACAUCCCUGGACCUGUGUCUGAGGGACAGGAAACACUGUUUCUCCAUCUCUGACCUCUCUCCCCUGCAGGUGACCCCAGUAGCAGGCCCUCCAGAGGGGGGUACCAGGGUGACCAUCCAUGGCAUGAACCUGGGCCUGGCAUUCAGUGAGAUGGUGGACAACGUGAAGGUGGCUGGGGUUAAGUGUUCCCCUGUGGAGGAAGGCUACAUUAUCGCUGAGCAGAUAGUCUGUGAGAUGGAUGCUGCUCCAGCAGACAGCAAAGCUGGACCAGUCCAACUGUGUGUCGGGGAGUGCAUACCUGCGCUCAAGACUCACUCUUCCCAGCUCUACUCCUUCGUGAUGCCGUCGGUACAGGGCCUGUCCCCCACCAGAGGGCCUGAGUCAGGGGGCAGCAAGGUAACCAUCAUGGGGGAGAACCUUGGCGCUGGCAGCAGUGUCACCGUCCUCUUUGGGAACCAGACGUGCGAGUUCUACGGGCGGACCAUGACAGAGAUUGUGUGUUACUCUGCUCCCUCCCUGACUGGGGUGGGUUCGGUCCAGAUCAGUGUGAGUGUGGACCGGGCCCAGGUCAAGGAGAGCCUGAGCUUCGAUUACAUUGAGGACCCCACCGUCCAGCGCAUUGAGCCAGAGUGGAGCAUCGCCAGCGGCCACACUCCUCUGAUGGUGACAGGAACUAAUCUGGAUGUGGUUCAGGAGCCUAGGAUACGCGUCAAGUACGGAGGCCGUGAGUCUGUCAACCUGGACACUGUCAAACAUGCUGAUGAGUUUGGCUUUAUCUUCAACAACGUCCAGACUCUGCUAGUCUAUAACAACACCAACUUCCUCUACUACCCCAACCCAUACUUUGAACCUCUCAGCACCAAUGGGGUCCUGGAGCAGAAGCCUGGCUCGCCCAUCAUUCUCAAGGGCAAAAACCUGGUGCCCCCGGCCUCAGGGGGGGUGAAGCUCAACUACACUGUACUGAUUGGGGAGACCCCCUGCUCAGUCACUGUAUCUGAGACCCAGCUGCUGUGUGAGCCCCCCAACCUCACGGGCCAGUACAAAGUCAUGGUCCAGGUGGGCGGUCUCCACGUAUCUCCAGGGGCGGUCCACAUCCUGUCAGACAGCCUGCUCACCCUUCCCGCCAUCGUCUCCAUCGCCGCCGGCGGAGGCCUUCUCCUUAUCAUCGUCAUCCUCGUCCUCAUCGCAUACAAACGCAAGUCGCGGGAGAAUGACCUCACCCUGAAGCGCCUGCAGAUGCAGAUGGACAACCUGGAGUCCCGGGUCGCCCUGGAGUGCAAGGAAGCUUUUGCUGAGCUGCAGACGGACAUCAACGAGCUGACCAGUGAUCUGGACAGAGCUGGUAUCCCCCACCUGGACUACCGGACCUACGCCAUGAGAGUCCUUUUCCCUGGCAUCGAGGACCACCCUGUUCUCAGAGAACUGGAGGUGUCAGGUAACGGCCAGCUGAGCACAGAGAAGGCUCUGAAACUUUUCGCUCAGCUCAUCAACAACAAGGUGUUUCUGCUAACCUUCAUCAGAACUCUGGAGCUCCAACGCUCCUUCUCCAUGCGUGACCGCGGCAACGUGGCGUCUCUUAUCAUGACUGCGCUGCAGGGCAAACUGGAGUACGCCACCGACGUGCUCAAACACCUGCUCUCUGACCUCAUCGACAAGAACCUGGAGAGCAAGAACCACCCCAAGUUGCUGCUGCGCAGAACGGAGUCCGUUGCAGAGAAGAUGCUCACCAACUGGUUCGCUUUCCUUCUUCACAGAUUCCUCAAAGAGUGUUCUGGUGAACCUCUGUUCAUGCUGUACUGUGCCAUCAAGCAGCAGAUGGAGAAGGGCCCUAUAGACGCCAUCACAGGAGAGGCGCGCUACUCCCUCAGUGAGGACAAGCUCAUCAGACAGCAGAUAGAGUACAAAACUCUGAUCCUGAACUGUGUGAACCCGGACAAUGAGAACAGUCCUGAGAUCCCAGUGAAGGUGCUGAACUGUGACACCAUCACCCAGGUCAAGGAGAAGAUACUGGACGCCUGCUAUAAGAACAUGCCCUACUCACAGAGGCCCCGCGCUGUCGACAUGGACUUGGAGUGGCGUCAGGGGCGGAUGGCCCGCGUGGUGCUGCAGGACGAGGACAUCACCACCAAGAUAGAGAACGACUGGAAGAGACUCAACACACUCAUGCACUACCAGGUGUCUGACCGCUGUGUGGUGGCUCUGGUGCCCAAACAGACCUCUUCCUACAACAUCCCGCCGUCAGCCAGCAUCUCCAGGACCUCCAUCAGCAGAUAUGACUCAUCCUUCCGGUACACAGGUAGUCCAGACAGUCUGCGUUCCCGUGCCCCUAUGAUAACCCCUGACCUGGAGAGUGGGGUCAAGGUGUGGCACCUGGUCAAGAACCACGAGCAUGGAGACCAGAAGGAGGGAGACCGAGGCAGCAAGAUGGUCUCUGAGAUAUACCUGACCAGGCUGCUGGCCACCAAGGGUACCCUGCAGAAGUUUGUGGAUGACCUGUUUGAGACGUUGUUCAGUACCGUCCACCGGGGUAGCGCCCUGCCCCUCGCCAUCAAAUACAUGUUUGACUUCCUGGACGAGCAGGCGGACAAACACGGCAUCCACGACCAAGAUGUCCGUCACACGUGGAAGAGCAACUGUCUUCCACUGCGGUUCUGGGUGAACGUGAUCAAGAACCCCCAGUUUGUGUUUGACAUCCAUAAGAGCAGCAUCACAGACGCCUGUCUGUCUGUGGUGGCCCAGACCUUCAUGGACUCCUGCUCCACGUCAGAGCACCGCCUGGGCAAGGACUCUCCCUCCAACAAGCUGCUGUACGCUAAAGACAUCCCCAACUACAAGAGCUGGGUGGAGAGGUACUAUGCCGACAUUAACCGUCUGCCAGCCAUCAGUGACCAGGACAUGAAUGCCUACCUGGCAGAACAGGCCAGGCUCCACUCCACAGAGUUUAACAUGCUCAGUGCUCUCAACGAGAUCUACUCCUAUGUCUCCAAAUACAGUGAGGAGAUCACCAUGGCCCUGGAGCAGGACGAGCAGGCUAAGAAACAACGUCUGGCCCACAAGGUGGAGCAGCUCAUCUCAGCCAUGUCCCUGGAGAGCUGAGACAGACCACGGGAUUAGACGACUGAACCGACCCGGGAUGUCCAUCAGCCACCCAACAAACAGUCCCGAUACUCACCGUGUGAUGGACACCGAACCACCACGGACCUGGGACAUUUUUACAUCCACAAACAAAGAGUUUUGUUUUUGUCUUAUUUUCUUCUCGUGCCAUAUUGCCACCACCUGGCCACCACCUCGGGAAACAUGAAUGGUCAUGAUGAUGAUGUAAGGUGGGACGACCACACCACACACCUCCAUAAAGGCUACAUGGCAUAUUUCUUUCCAAAGGAUAUUAUUUUUGUGUUGUGUGUGUAUAGCCCUGAAGGAGAGGUUUGUUGAGAGACAGAACAAACAGAGGGGAGAUCUUAUAGUCAGAUACACUCUCUGUCUGCUCAACUCACAACAGAGACACUGAAAGAAGAAGGAGAAGAGAGAUGGAGGAUAAAGACUUCUCAUGUUUGAUUCCAGAGAUAUUGUUCCUGAGUUUUGCUUCCAAAUGUUUAUUUUUGUAUGUGUACAUUUUGAUUUUAUUGGUUGCGGUUGAGCCAUCUUCCUCUUGAUACAUACAUGGACAUUGUUGUACUGUACAAAGUCAAAGGUUGUGUUAUAACACAUGUUAUAGGGUGGUGUAGCCAUCAGAAAGACAUGGUGCUAUGUCAUGUCUUGUCCUGCUCUCUGUUCUCCUCAGACAGUAUUACCAUUCCUUAUCAACAUGAUACUCGAGACCUAGUGGACAGAACCCAGCUCUGACUGUAACCCAUCAGCCCUGUACAGAAACCAACCAAAUGCAUCCUCAUCGUACGAGAGCGAACGGAACUCAGAACAGACGACCUCUGGAGGGGUCAAAGUUCAACCAGCAUGCUUAUCAACCCCAAACCCCUUUACCCUGUGUGAUAAGAGAAAAUAGACAAGUCCACAGAGUAUGUUGGGUAUAAGGACAAAACAACAACCAGCACCAUACUGGUUUGUAUAAGACCCUCCUCAGCAGUAACGUCAUCUGUAUGUACUGUAGGUUCUGUUUCAUACAUGUCAAUGUAUGUGAAUGUACAAAAGCAGAUGUGGGUUUUUCUUUUUCCUUUGGGUUUGUUUUCUAAACAAAAUGGAGUUAGUUGAACAGAACUCUAUAAUGUCUAAAUAGAUGGCUAACUGAACAUGUACUGAAAAUUCAUCCGUCCUAGUCCUUUGCCCCAUUCACAAUGUUUCACCUGUUACCAAAUCUCUUAUCCCGAUCAUAGGAGGGUGUGUACUAUGCGGUCUGUAUUGUAGGCGUCUUUGCCGUGCCCUUAACGUACAAAUACCAUAAUAUACUGGAGACUAGAUUCUAGAGGCCUGCCAAGAUGGGGACUGAGGCCGUCCGGCCGGGGGCAGCAAUAGUGAAAAUACUCCGUAAUAUAACCAUUUUUUGUACCGCUUUUGGGAAUCAGAUCAAGUGUGUGUGUAAAACUUGCAUGCAUUGUAUCACAUGUCAGAAGAAGUGUUUUCAAGGUCUAUCUUUGUUUUUUAAGUGCCAAUGGAUCAGGAUAGCUGGAGAUGGCCAGCAGCUAAAUGUUAGCAGACGUUAGUUUUCUACCCAACCAGUACACCAACAACAAUGUCUUUCUAAAAGAUAGUAAGAAGAAGCCUGUGUGGGUCUAGUUUGAGUAAGUGCCAAAAGAUCCUGUCGUUUACAAAUGAUUCACUGAUGUGUCCAAAUCGAUGAAUGCCUUACAGAGGGAGCCAGCCGCGCCUCAACUGAAGUCUGUAGAGAGGUGCUCAUGUAACUGGAAGCUUGUGAACAGGCAGCAGGUACGAAGGAAGGUACUGUAGUAGGCUCAGGAGAGACACAACUCCGUAUAAUAGUUACUAGUAAUAAUUAAGAAGAAAUAUCUCAACCGCAAGCAUGGACAAAAGAGGAUAUAAACGUCAGACAUAAUGCAUGUUACAUUACCAGGUAGAUCUUUGGUAAGAUUGGAUUGUCCUGUACCAAACUUAACCCAUUCAUGAAAGGAUAUAUAGACUGACUUCCAGUGAGGAAUAAAAGAGAACCUUACAUGUACCUGUCAUAGCUGGAUGACCACAUACUGUAGAUUCACUCUGCUGGAUUAGUGACCACCACCAUUCUGUUUUCUCCAGACUUUGAUGUUUGCUCAUUGUUUACAUCAAGUACUUGAAACUAGGUAGUAUUAAAGGUGUACAGUAUAAUUACAUUAUUUAUGGAUGGAGAAAAUAUAACAUGGAAAGGUGCUUAUUAUUUUCUCUGCUGCCUUAGAACUCCAAAUGAACCAACCAUAAAACCAUAAAAGUUCUCCUGAUUCUUCUUCACCACUUCAACACUAAUCUACAGCCUCUGGUGGCUCCAUUUUGUUGAAUUUGACACUGUCCUUUUGAUAAGGUACCUGGGCUGCCACGGUGUGUGAAGAAGUGAAAAGGUGAAGAGGUUAUGACCUGGUUCUGUACAGGAAGGUGGGCGGUGAUUCAGUCAUCUCGCCAGAGCUGUUUGAAGAGUAGAGCUCAGUCAGAAAUGAGGGAGAGAAACACCUUCAUUUUUGUUCUACUUUUUCUCCCCAAUUGGUAGUUACAGUCUUGUCCCAUCGCCUCCCGUACGGACUUGGGAGAGUCACCGGUCGAGAGCCAUGCAUCCUCCGAAACACAAUCCGGCCAAGCCGGACUGCUUCUUGACACACUGCUCGGAUAACCUGGAAGCCAAUCACACCAAUGUGUCGAAGGAAACACCGUACAACCGGCGACCGUGUCAGCAUGCACUGCGCCCGGGCCGCCACAGGAGUUGCUAGUGCGCGAUGGGACAAGGACAUCCUGGCCAGCCAAACCCUCCCCUAACCCGGACGACGCAUGAGGGUGCCAUUUGUGUGCACCCUCAUGGGUGUCCCGGACGUGGCCCGGCUGCGAGACAGCCCGGGAUCGAACCCGGAUCUGUAGUGAUGCCUCAAGCACUACCGAUGCAGUGCCUUAGACCGCUGCGCCACUCGGGAGGCCCUGAGAAACUCCUUUAGCUCUGGUUUCCUGCUUUGAAGCGCUUUGAUCGGAGUGUAGUUGUGUGAUCAGGAGAAAACACAUCAAAACUGGUAAAGAGAAAUGCAGUGAGACCACAUGAUUGGCAUGGUAUUAAUAUCUCCAGCCAAGGGGGGUGGAUGGGUAUAGGGAGAGGGGGGGGGGGUCUGUUGGCCCUCUGGUAAGCAGUAACUACUCCUGCUCAACACAAAUACUGUGUCUAUAGGUGCACUCUAAAUAUAGACACAGACACUCAUGCUCAAAUGUACCUUGUAUAUUGUUAUGCUAUAUUCUCCAUAGUAGUAACAGAUUAAAGGCCCAAGGCAGACAUUUUUAUCUCAACAUCAAAUCAUUCCUGGAUAACAAUUAAGCACCUUACUGUGAUUGUUUUCAAUCAAAAUGGUCAAAAACAAAACAAAAUAGCUUCUCAUCAAGAGAAAUUUCUCAAGCAAAACUCCAUCCCACCAAAACAGGCUGAAAUUACAGGCGGUCUUUUCAAACAGCUCUUACACUUAAAGGGUAUUAUCAUAUUUUUCACGAUUUAACAGUAUUAUUCCACCUCAUGUUUUUGACUGCACUGGGCCUUUAAAGGAAAAAGUGGGAUUUGACUUGAACAAAGUUUGCUUUUCUCUUAAGGGAUCUUUAUUUAAUGUUCUGUUUUUGAUUUGUCUUUAUUUUCAUGAACUACCAUUGCUUCACUGUUCUUAAAAUUAUAAAUCUAACCUUGUCUUUUGGUCAGCAUGCCAUAACACCAAUAGAAAAUAAAUUUCACACAUCAUAUUAUUCCUUAUCAAGUCUUAACUCACAUCUGUCUGCGUCUGACGUUUUGUGUAAGAGAUUUUAAUUGAUUUUUUCAUACUAUACACUUUUGUAUUUCUUGGGAGAUGAUGAGAUUCAAUAAGAAUUUCAAAGGUGAAUUUUUUAUAAUUACGUUUGUUUGACAUUCUGCAGUGCAGAAUUGAAUUUCACAGCCAGUUAAUGGUCUCUGAGACGUGUUGCAGUUGAUACACUUUGGCGAUAGAGUAUUAUUAAACAGCGACUUCAUUCCCACUACAGAAGACAUGAGACCUAGUUGAAGACGAUUGUGCACCUUUCUGCUCUUGGCGCUGUAGGUGAUGUAGUGAUGGGUUUACUGGUAUGUUUCAUUACUCUCAGAAAAACAAUAAUUAUUAACCUUUUUUAUUUUCUCAUGUCAGUCGGAGGAAUUGAACAUCAGAUUAGUAAUAUUCUCUUCAUGUCAAAAAUAUCACGGAAAAUGAAAUGAAUAUCCUUCUUCCAUUCUAAACACAACACAAUGUAGACAACCCUUUGUAGACACUGGAGUUCUGUAAUAUAAUCAAUACAAAUGAUGACAAUGAUCAUAAUAAUGGCUGUCCUUGUUGUUUUAUAAAAGUGUUGUGAAAAUUGUAAGAAGGUUAAAAGUAUUUAAAGAAAUUGUUCUUGUGUUUUUUUUAUUUGCUUUGGUUUUGUUAUGAUAAUAUAUUAUUGUGUACCUAUUGUAAAUAUGAAGCACACCUAUUUUGCAAGCCAAGGAUUCACUUUGUACUGUUGUUAUAUAUAAAUAAACUUUGCUGGUUAAAAAACACAUA